AUGGCCUACCCUCAUUCUCCCGACAGCUACGGUCCGCCGCCGGGCUACACCACCCCGACCAAGAGCCGCGCGCACAAUGGCUCGACGAUGCGCCUGCUGCCGAACGACGACGAGGACCAGAACAACAACGGCCGACCCUCCAUCUCGUCUGAAGGCGGCUCGCCAAAUGGCUCUCCCUACGAUGUCUUUGCGCGCGCACGACAGAGACUAUCGAAUCCAGAUGUACCGCAACAAGAACCACUGCCUCCGCCGGCGGUGAACGAUAGCGACAUAAGCAGUCUGCUGCGGGAGGUCGAGAGCUCUCUGGGAAAAGAUCAGCCUUCAGGCGGUCGCGCAAAGACAACAAAGGUGCGCUUCAAGUACAAGGGUGAGGACAGAAGCGAGCCCCUUCCAACCGCAGGACCACCACCGCCGCCACGACCAGUUUCGCCAGCGCGGUCAUACCAGCCAUCAGUGGCCUCAAGGCCGAUCUCAAGAGCGCCGUCUGUCCUCGAUACUGCACCAGCAAUGCAUCCUCCUGUAGGCGAUGCGCCGCCAUAUGCGCCUCCAUACCGGCCUUCUUCAAGAGGCUCGUCAUCGCCAGUACGGCCAUGGUCACCAUCACGAAGCUCGACUGAGUACCCCCGUCCGCCCGCAUCGCAUGUGCCUUUUGAGCCGGCAGACCUGAACGGUAGUCCGCGUCCAGGAACACCAUCCCAGCAGUACACUGGUUCACCAAAGCGUCCGUUACCACCAGCGCCGCUGUUCGCUGGGGGCCGGCCACUGUCAUCUGAGGUCGACCGAGAUGCGCCAGAAGCCACAGCAAUAUCGAUUGACGAUGAUGAGGAUGAAGAUCCGUUCGGUCCAGCAAACGACGAUACAACACCACAAAGGCCGCCGCUCAGACCACAUGACAGCUUCGCAUCUACUUCGACAUUCACUGAUGAUCUGUACGACGAGAAGGGCGAUGAACUGAACGGUCCAGCGCCUGAAGGCAAGCAAGAACGUCGAGGAGCGCGAACGGCGCAGAUGGCGAAGAAAGAGGUUCGACUGAUCAACGGCGAGCUCAUCCUGGAGUGCAAGAUCCCGACCAUCCUGUACUCAUUCCUGCCUCGACGAGACGAUGUGGAGUUCACGCACAUGCGGUAUACUGCCGUGACCUGUGACCCAGACGACUUUGUCGACCGCGGAUACAAGCUACGACAGAACAUUGGGUACUCUGCCAGGGAAACAGAACUGCUCAUCUGCAUCACCAUGUACAACGAGAACGAAAUCGACUUCACGCGCACCAUGCACGGCGUCAUGCGCAACAUCUCCCACUUCUGCAGCAGGGCCAAGUCGCGAACUUGGGGCAAAGACGGCUGGCAGAAGAUCGUCGUCUGCAUCAUCUCCGACGGUCGAGGCAAAGUGCAUCCCCGGACGCUGGACGCAUUGGCGGCAAUGGGCUGCUACCAAUCCGGCAUCGCGAAAAACGUCGUCAACCAGCGCGAAGUGACUGGCCACGUUUACGAGUAUACGACUCAGGUAUCGCUCGACUCCGAUCUCAAAUUUAAGGGGGCUGAGAAAGGGAUUGUGCCGUGCCAGAUGAUCUUUUGCUUGAAGGAAAAGAAUGCGAAGAAGCUGAACAGCCAUCGAUGGUUCUUUAAUGCUUUUGGGAGAGCGCUUAACCCGAAUGUGUGCAUCUUGCUUGAUGUUGGAACGAAGCCUGGCGAUGACUCGCUAUAUCACUUGUGGAAGGCGUUCGAUCGUGACUCCCAAGUCGCAGGCGCUGCUGGGGAGAUUAAGGCGGCGAAGGGACGAGCAUGGCUUCAGCUGCUGAACCCGCUGGUGGCGUCUCAGAACUUCGAGUACAAGAUGUCGAAUAUUCUGGACAAGCCGUUGGAGUCUGUGUUUGGAUACAUUACGGUCUUGCCUGGAGCACUCAGCGCAUACCGAUACCACGCUUUGCAGAACGACGAGACUGGACAUGGACCUCUCAGCCAAUACUUCAAAGGCGAAACGCUCCAUGGCCAAGAUGCCGACGUCUUCACCGCCAACAUGUACCUCGCUGAAGAUCGUAUCCUCUGCUGGGAGCUCGUCGCCAAACGCAACGAGCAAUGGGUCCUGAAAUACGUCAAGUCCGCGACCGGCGAGACAGACGUCCCAGAUGCCAUCCCCGAAUUCAUCUCCCAGCGCCGCCGUUGGCUCAACGGUGCCUUCUUCGCCGCCGUCUACUCCCUGCUCCACUUCAAGCAAGUCUGGACCACCGACCACACCAUCGGCCGCAAGAUUCUGCUGCACAUCGAAUUCAUCUACCAAUUCGUGCAGCUCCUGUUCACCUUCUUCUCGCUCGGCAACUUCUACCUGACCUUCUACUUCAUCGCCGGCUCCCUCUCGGACCCGAAAGUCGACCCCUUCGGCCACAACAUCGGGCUCUACAUCUUCAUCCUGCUGCGCUAUACCUGCGUCCUGCUCAUCAUGAUGCAGUUCAUCCUCUCCAUGGGCAACCGGCCGCAGGGCGCGUACAAGAUGUUCCUCGGCUCCCUCAUCACCUUCGGCAUCAUCAUGUUCUACAACACCUUCGCCGCCCUCUUCAUCGUCAUCAAGCAGCUGCAGCCCCAACACGGCAAGGACGCCGACCUGACCAUCGGCAACAACGUCUUCACCAACCUCAUCGUCUCCACCUUAUCGACCGUCGGACUCUACUUCCUCAUGUCCUUCCUCUACCUCGACCCGUGGCACAUGUUCACCUCAUCAGCGCAGUACUUCGCCCUUUUGCCAUCCUACGUCUGCACGCUCCAAGUCUACGCCUUCUGCAACGCUCACGACGUCUCCUGGGGCACCAAGGGCGACAACGUCCUCAAAACCGACCUGGGCAUCGCCAAGAUCUCCAAAAACGGCACCGUCGAGAUCGAAAUGCCCAGCGAACAACUCGACAUCGACUCCGGCUACGACGAAGCGCUGCGCAACUUGCGGGAUCGCGUGGAAGUGGCGAAGCCUGGUGUCAGCGAGUCCCAGCAGCAGGAAGACUACUACCGCGCCGUGCGCACGUACGUCGUCAUCGUGUGGAUGUCGGCGAACGCCUUGCUCGCCAUGAUCGUGAGCGAGAUCUACGACAGCACGAACGUGGGGGACAAUUUCUACCUCAAAUUCAUCCUCUGGACCGUCGCUGGGUUGGCUCUGUUUAGGGCUUGCGGGAGCUGUGCUUUCGGGGUGAUUAAUAUCGUGCAUUCGAUUAUGGAGGGCAAGAUGAAGGUGUUGAAUGGGAAGGCGGGGUCGAGUUGGGGCGGGAGUAGUGGGAAAGGUGGGAAGAGCGUGGUUAGUGGGAGUAGUGGGAGUUCGAGGUGGACGGGGUGGGUGAGUGAGGGGACCGGGUGGGUGAGUGGGAAGAUGAGUAGUUUGGCACCGAGUUCGAUUGGGAGUAGCUUUGGGAAGUGA